GGACGGAGGAGGAAGUGGGACCACAACAGCGCUUUGGACACGUGUGAGCAGCGCUAUGGAGGAGACGAGUCGGGAGGCGGUGGCCACGGCGGUGCAGCGGGUGGCCGGCAUGCUGCAGAGGUCCGACCAGCUGGACAAAGUGGAGCAGUACCGGAGGAGGGAGGCUCGCAAGAAGGCCUCUGUGGAAGCCAGGCUGAAGGCAGCCAUCCAGUCCCAGCUGGACGGUGUCCGCACUGGACUGACCCAGCUGCACAGCGCCCUGCUGGACGUCAAAGACAUCCAGAGCUCACUGGCCGACGUGAGCAAAGACUGGAGGCAGAGCAUCAACACCAUAGAGAACCUGAAAGAUGUCAAGGAUGCCGUAGUUCAGCACAGCCAGCUUGCCUCUGCUGUGGAAAACCUCAAAAACAUUUUCUCUGUCCCAGAGAUCGUGGCAGAGACGCAGCAGCUGAUCGAGCAGGCAGAGCUGCUGCAGGCCCACAGGAAGCUGAUGGAGCUGGAGUGUUCCCGGGACGACCUCAUGUACGAGCAGUACCGUAUGGACAGCAAGAACACCAGCGACAUGAACCUCAUCUCCAUCUACUUUGAAGAUGUUCAGGGCUUGUCGGAUGAGCUGGCCAAGCAGCUAUGGAUGGUACUGCAGAGGUCCAUGGUGACGGUUCGUCGUGACCCAACCAUGCUGGUGUCGGUAGUUCGCAUCAUCGAGCGAGAAGAGAAGAUCGAUCGGCGUAUGGUUGACCGAAAGAAACAGACGGGCUUCAUUCCACCUGGGCGACCCAAACGGUGGAAGGACAAGAUGUUUGAGGUGUUGGAGGGUACCGUCAGCACUCGCAUCGAAGGCACCCAGGCCGUGACGAGAGAGACCGAUAAGAUGUGGCUCGUCCGUCUUCUGGAAAUAACGAGGAAAUACGUUCUGGAUGACCUGAUUGUCGUCAAGAACCUCAUGGUGCAGUGCUUCCCUCCUCACUACAACACGUUCAACAGGUUCUUCUGUCUGUACCACAACGCUGUGUCCACUCGUGUCAAAGAACUGGCCUCUGAGGACUUGGAGGCCAAUGAGAUCGUGUCCCUGCUCACCUGGGUCCUCAACACAUACAAGAGUGUGGAGAUGAUGGGCCAUCCAGAACUCUGCUCAGAAUGUGACAUCAACCAGCUGGAGCCUCUGCUGCCUCAGGACGUCGUGGAUGACCUGCUCAGUAAAUAUGUGAAGACCUUUACAUCUAAUAUCACAGGUUGGCUGCGGAAGGCUCUUGAAACAGAUAAAAAGGAUUGGCAGAAGGAAACAGAACCUGAGGCUGACCAGGACGGAUACUACCAGACCACACUGCCUGCCAUCGUCUUCCAGAUGUUUGAGCAGAAUCUGCAAGUUGCUGCACAGAUUGAUGGGGAUUUCAGAGAACAGGUUCUGAAGCUUUGCCUGAAACAAAUGAACACUUUCCUUAUCAGGUACAGGGAGGAGGUGGUGACCUACAAAGAGGAGCACCUCAGAGACAGACAGCUGCCUCAGUGCUACGUACAGUACAUGAUCGCCAUCAUCAACAACUGCCAGACGUUCAAUGAGUCCAUCAACAGCUUGAAGAGGAAGUACUCUCAGUCCUCAGAACCCACCGAGAGCGACGCUGCCAUUGAAAGAACCCUGAAUGAGGUGGCCAAGGAGGGCUGCCAGUUCCUGCUGGAUGAAGUCUUCCUCGACCUGGAGCAUCACCUGAACGAGCUGCUGACCAGGAAGUGGCUGACGGGCUCUCAUGCUGUGGACACCAUCUGUGUGACGGUGGAGGACUACUUCAAUGACUUCAACAAGAUCAAGAAACCCUUCAAUCAGGAGAUGACGAGCGAGGCUCUGCGCCGGGUGGUGGUGGAGUACAUCAAAGCAGUGAUGCAGAAGAGGAUCACCUUUAAGAACGCUGAUGAGAGGAGGGAGGGAGCUGAGAGGAUGAUCAAAGAAGCUGAUCAGUUCAAGUUCCUCUUCAGGAAACUGGCUGCAGGUGAAGACACAGACUGGCUCUGUGGAGCCAUCGCUGCCAUCGCUGAAGUGUUUAAGCUCACCGACCCCACCCUGCUGUUCCUGGAGGUGACCACGCUGGUUUCCAAGUAUCCUGACAUCAGGGAGGAGCACAUCCAGGCGCUGCUGGCCGUGCGUGGUGAUGCCAGCAGGGAGAUGCGGCAGAUGAUCAUCGGCACGCUCUCUGAGAACAAAGUCUCCUACUCCAGCAUCGCACAUCCCAUCUUUAAAGACAUCACCGUGCCCACCAUCACCAUGACGACCAUGACCUCCAUGGCAACGGCAAAGCUGCUCAAAUAAAGCCAGUCGUCAUGACACUGUUUGUAGCUUCAGUACCUUCUGCCACCGUAGCGUAACUAAACUUCUGUUCUGAGACGCUCUGUUUAUGUUUCACUGUUUAAUGCCAGCUGCUGUGUUCUUGUCCCACCUUUUAUCUGCUGUCUUCUCCAACAAAACAAUAAAAUUAAGAUGGUAAAAAUGG